AUGAGUGACCGGAGUGGUGGCGCAGGCGGCGGCGGCGGUGGUGACCGGAUCACAUACCCGGCACUGACCGCAACCAACUACACCAGUUGGAACAUUCGAGUCCAGGUGAUCAUGGAGGACCAGGGGGUGUGGGAGAUCAUGGAGCCGUCCGAGGAGUCUUCGGAGCAGAGUGCGGCGGCGACAGCGACGGCGAAGGCGAAAGACAGGAAGGCGCGGGCACAUCUGCUUCAGUGCUUGCCCGAUGACAUACUGAUGCAAGUCGCGGCGAAGAAGACCGGGAAGGAGGUCUAG